AUGGAAACUCUGCUCUUCCUCUUGACAUGUCUUUGGGGUGCUGCCAACACAGCUCCCAUCAGACUUGUGAGCGGCCCCAGCCGCUGCGCGGGGCGGCUGGAGGUGCUUUGGAAGCAGCAGUGGGGAACCGUGUGUGAUGACAGCUGGGAUCUGUCCGAUGCCAUGGUCGUAUGCAGGCAGUUGGACUGUGGGGAAGCACUGUCAGCCCCUGGCUCAGCUCACUUUGGUCAAGGAACUGGUCAUAUCUGGCUGGAUGACAUGAACUGCACCGGUACAGAAGCUGACCUUUCUGCCUGCAGGACCAGACCCUGGGGAGAGCAUAACUGCAAUCAUGGAGAAGAUGCAGGCGUUGUCUGCUCAGGUAACUCAUAAAUUAAAAAACCAGUUAAGCUACAACUAGUGAACGGUUCAAGUCGCUGUGCUGGGAGAGUGGAGGUGCUUUAUGGCCAGCAAUGGGGAACUGUCUGUGAUGACAACUGGGAUAUAAUUGAUGCUGAAGUUGUAUGCCGGCAGCUGGGCUGUGGGACUGCUCUAUCUGCUCCUUCCUCAGCUUACUUUGGGGUAGGGCCUGACCCCAUUUGGCUUGAUGAUGUGACCUGCAAAGGAACCGAAGCUGCCCUCUCCGAAUGCAGUGCAAAACCUUGGGGAAGCCAUAACUGUGUGCAUGGAGAAGAUGCUGGUGUUGUGUGCUCAGGCUUUGCAGAACCUGCCCCGCUUCGAUUAGUGGAUGGAUUGACCCACUGCUCUGGGAGAGUUGAGGUGUUUUAUGGCCAGCAUUGGGGAACUGUGUGUGAUGAUGACUGGGACUUGAUUGAGGCAGAAGUGGUGUGCAGGCAGCUGGGCUGUGGGAAGGCCUUGUUGGCUACCCAUGGGGCUUACUUUGGGCAAGGAUCUGGCCCCAUUUGGCUUGAUGAUGUCAGCUGCACAGGAACAGAAGCUGCUGUCUCCCAGUGCAGAGCCACUCCUUGGGGAAGCCAUAACUGUGGGCACGGAGAAGAUGCUGGCGUGGUUUGUACAGGAUUUGCUGAGCUGCUUCCAGUCCGGCUGGUGAACGGUUCGAGCAACUGCUCUGGAAGAGUCGAGGUGUUUCAUGAGCAGCAGUGGGGGACCGUCUGUGACGACAGCUGGGAUUUGACAGAUGCCCAAGUGGUGUGCAGGCAGCUGGGCUGUGGAACAGCAGUCUCAGUCCCUGGCUCCGCUCAGUUUGGACAAGGAACUGGCCAAAUUUGGCUGGAUGAUGUGAACUGUGCAGGGGCUGAAACCAUCCUCACUGAGUGCCGGGCCAGGCCUUGGGGAGACCACAACUGUAACCACGGAGAAGAUGCUGGUGUGGUCUGCUCAGGUGUUCCAGAACCAGCACCGAUCCGAGUAGUGAACAGUUCGAAUUUCUGCUCUGGAAGAGUCGAGGUGUUUCAUGAGCAGCAGUGGGGGACCGUCUGUGACGUGGGAUUGGAUUUGACAGAUGCCCAAGUGGUGUGCAGGCAGCUGGGCUGUGGAACAGCAGUCUCAGUCCCUGGCUCCGUUUGGGCAACAGGGGCUGAAACCAUCCUCACUGAGUGCCGGGCCAGGCCUUGGGGAGACCACAACUGUAACCACGGAGAAGAUGCUGGUGUGGUCUGCUCAGGUGUUGAGGAACCAGCUCCCAUCCGGCUCGUGAAUGGUCCGAAUCAUUGCACUGGGAGAGUCGAGGUGUUUCAUGAGCAGCAGUGGGGAACCGUGUGUGAUGAUGGCUGGGAUACAGCUGAAGCCAGCGUUGUGUGCAGGCAGCUGGGCUGUGGGGCAGCACUGUCAGCCCCUGGUUCAGCUCAUUUUGGGCAAGGGCCUGACCCCAUAUGGCUGGACAAUGUGAAUUGCUCAGGGAACGAAGCUGCCCUCUCUGAGUGUAGGGCCCAGUCUUGGGGGUCCCAUAACUGCAAGCAUGGAGAAGAUGCUGGUGUGGUGUGCUCAGGUACUCCAGAAGUUCCUCCUCUCCGGCUGGUGAACGGCCCCACUCGUUGUGCCGGGAGAGUUGAGGUGCUUCAUAGCCAGCAGUGGGGGACGAUCUGCGAUGACAGCUGGGACUUGAGUGAUGCUGCAGUGGUGUGCCAGCAGCUGGGCUGUGGCACGGCCAUGUCUGCCCCAGGUUCAGCUUAUUUUGGGCAAGGUUUUGGCCGUAUCUGGUUGGAUGAUGUGAAAUGCUCUGGUAGAGAAUCAGCCCUCUCCAAGUGUGUGGCAAGGCCUUGGGGAGUCCAUAACUGUAAUCACGGAGAAGAUGCGGGCAUUGUAUGCUCAGACAAGUACCACAGGGUGACGUUGGAGGCGUGGAGUUGA